GUUUGAUUUUUAGGUAUGUCGCAGACCAGACCACGGUCUGUUUCUAAGUUCCGAAGUCUUCUUCCUACGCACGAGCAGAAUGCUGUACGGCACCCGACUUCGUUGUGGCAGCACGGGCUGGAAAAAAAUACUUGUGACGAUGGGCAUUUCCCUAUCCCUCUGCGCAAUCUGAUCAACGGAGAAACGGAUGGACCAGAUUCCUGCAAGGUCCAAGUAGGGACAACUCCAGCCAUGGCUGCCCUUCCUCCUCACCUUCCCCUCGCGCCUCCUAUAUGCGCGGCGAUCCAUCCCCCACAAUUAGGGUUUGCUAAGCGUGCUUCGACCACGUGACCAUAAUCUAGUAAGGCAUGAAGCGGCCCAGGGGUCAGCACAGCCAAGGAAUGAUAAUACCCUCGUUGUCCAUUAUUUGCGAAAUUCUGGUAACUCGAUGCUUUUCGUAAAGGUCUGGUAACCGUACUCGCGCUGUAGCACAUUGCACUACUAGCAGGCAUAGAUUCUCGGCUACCACAACCUGGCAGGACUAAAGCUUACUGUUGGCAGACUCCCCGCAUAGUAGUAGACAAGCCUAAGAGCCCGCAAUUCGCGGUAACGCGUUUCGCAGAGCCGCUGCCAUACCAUGACCUUGGGAACAUCGAGGAGUCUCGAGGCUGCGUUCAGCUUGAAAACGCGGGUAGUAAGUUGAUCUUUGAGGUCGUCUGACUCUUGAUAGGGGGAUAUGCGUCGUAGUAGCCAUGAUCGCCGCCGAUGGAGAGCCUAAGUCUAUGAUUCUCACCCACUGACCUUAUGAUUCUAGUACUCUAGUCCCAGGCGGCUACAGGGUUGACCGCAUUGGUAGAAAGCAGCAGUCGUGCCGCUAUGGACGUCAGGUUCGCUUGUUCAUUCUGAGAGUCUCUCUAAAUCCGAGCACCAUACGAUCGUCCUGUUAGCCGGCGAUGAUGGUAUAGUUUAUACCAGCAGCAGGCGUUCGCCCGUUAGGUGCUAAUAACGAGCUCGUAAUCCCAGGUUUUUCAAUCAGCUGCUCAAGAAAAUCCACCAGCAGCAAAGCUCGCCUUUGCAUUGUCGCCCUGGUUACACGACUACUACCCACAUUUGUGGUCUACUCAAUCGUACUGUCAUCAUAUUUCGUACUAUCGUCACCUUGUUGUAACCAUGGCGACUGUGGUGUACAACGGCACGAGUUACAACAUCACCAACGCGACGCUAUCGGAGGUGCAGGCCCGCAUUGUGGCGCUGAACCAAUCAGUGGCGAGCAUGCAGACGGAGGUGCAGAACUCCGUCAUGCUCACCGCCGAGAUUUGGCGCAUCACGGCCGGCGUCUUCGUCUUCCUCAUGCAGCUUGGCUUCUCGCUACUAGAAGCGGGCACCGUUCGCUUCAAGAACACACGCAACAUCAUGAUCAAGAACGUGCUGGACACGUGCGUCAGCGCCAUCGCCUUCUGGCUGCUGGGCUACGGCAUUGGCUUCGGGGAGGGCUCUAAAGUGUUUGGGUGGAAAUACGACGACGGAUCGAUCGCGUACGCCAGCGGGCAGAAUGGAGUUGACUGGUUCUUCCAGUUCACCUUCUGUGCCACGUCAGCAACAAUCAUUGCAGGGGCCGUGGCGGAGCGAACCCACCUUUGGGCAUACCUCACCUUCAAUUUCUUCCUCUCAGCACUCAUCUACCCCGUCAUAGCGCACGUGAUCUGGUCGCAGGGCGGGCUGCUGGCGGCCAGUCAGACCAACACGGUGCUCAACACCAUAGGCGUGCUGGACAAUGCCGGGUCCAUGGUGGUGCAUGUGACGGGUGGCGUCACGUCAUUGGUUGGAGCAAUCCUGGUGGGCCCACGCAUUGGCCGGUUCGAUAUUGAUGGCAAAGUGGUUCCGUUCAAGUGCCAUUCCGUGGUGUUUAUAGCAGCGGGCACCAUCAUCCUGUGGGUGGGCUUCUACGGCUUCAACGGGGGCUCAGUCUCCUUAGUCGGCCAGCCGCCGCUGCAGUGGGUGCAGGAGGUGGCACGCGUGUGUGUCAACACCACCAUCUCCGCCUCCUUCAGCGGCGUCACCGUGUGGACGCUCACUUACAGACGCAGGGAGCCGGUCCCAGAGGAUACCUUCAAUGCGGUCAUUGGUGGGCUCGUGGCGGCGUGUGCGACGAGCAGCGUGGUUGAGCCGUACGCUGCGGCGAUUAUUGGGGUGGUGGCGGGGCUCAUGUACCUGUUGGGGUGCUGGCUCAUGUUCAGGUAUCAAAUUGACGACCCGGUACAAGCAGCUCCAACGCAUCUCUUCUGCGGGUCGUGGGGUGGCAUAGCGGCGGGCCUCUUUGCCACCAAGGACGGCAUCGUAUCAACCUACGGCGUGGUGCCGAACUCCUGGGGGCUCUUCUACGGCGGGGGUGGCUGGCAGCUGCUGGUGCAGAUCCUGGCGCUGCUGCUGGUGUACGCGUGGGUGGGCGUGACCACGUACGUGCUCUUUGUGUUUCUGGGUGCAUUUGGCGUGCUGCGAGUCAAGAGGCAGGAGGAGGAGGUCGGUCUUGACGUGGCGUUUCAUGGAGGGGAAGACGAAGGGGAGGAGUUUGACAUGGAGGACAGCCAAUAUGGCGGCCGGCGCUUCCUCUCCACACGCUCCAUGCAUCACCGCAUGCCGGGUGUGCUCGAAACCAUCGUGCGCAUGCUCAACCCCAAGCGCUGGGGCCGCCCAGGCGGGCCGGCCGAAGCCUUCGGGCAGAAGCGGGACGUGUGGCACCGCGCGCUGGACAGCACCCCGUACGGGCAGUUCUCGCUGGCCAUGUACGAGGCGAACUACGUUAUGGAGGACACCGCGGAGGUGGAGGGGUCCAGCAGCGGCGUGUACAUUGGCGUGCAUGACGGGCAUGGAGGGACCGAAACUUCCGAAUUUCUCAAGGAAAACCUCUACUUCAACCUUAAAGCACAAUUCAUGCAUCAAGGCGGCCAGGUGUCAGCAGAGGCAGUCAGAGGAGCCUUCCACGAAACAGAGACGACUUUCACCCAGGUCGUGCGCCAGUCAUUUGAAGCCAGCCCCCACCUGGCAACAGUGGGGUCGUGCAGUGUGGUGGCGGUGGUCACAGGCAACGCGCUCUGGGUGGCCAAUGUGGGCGACUGCAGGGCCGUGCUGGGACAGGUGCGGAAAGGAGACGACAACUCAUUGGAGUGCAGGGCGCUGCAGCUGUCGGUGGACCACAACCUGUCGUUUGCGAGUAUAAGGGAGAAGUUCAUAGAGGAGCAUGCCGACAUGCCGGAUGCUGUGGUCGAGAAGAGGGCGGCUUCCGAGUGAAGGGGAAAGUCACGGUCACCCGGUCCUUCGGCGACCUCUAUCUCAAGUCGCACGAGUUCAAUCGAGAGCCGCUCUUCUCUCGCUUCCGAGUGCCGGAGCCCUUCCACCCGCCGCUGCUGUCGUGCGAGCCCAACAUCGCUGUGCGCCUGCUGUCGCCCCACGACUCCUUUGUCAUCCUCGCUUCCGAUGGGCUUUUCGAAUUCAUUAGCAACCAGGAGGCAGUCGACAUUGUUGCCAGCAGCCCCAGAAAGGACAUUGCCCGGCAGCUGAUCCGGGCGGCGUUACGGCGGGCGGCGGAGAGGCGGGAGAUCCGGUACCAGGAUCUGCUGCGCAUGUCGAGCGGGCAGCGGCGGGAGUACCAUGAUGACAUCACAGUGGUGGUGUUCUUCUUCAACCACGAGGCGCGGAACAAGCACGCCAAGAGCAACAUGACGUGGAACCAUGACAUUUCUUUCAAGGGAGGCAAGGACGCCCGGCUAGCUCUUAAUGCGGCAGCAGCGGCAGAUCUUGCCUCGCCCUCAAAACCAGGAACCAAUGAGGCGCUAGCAGCCCUGUCCUCCGCGUCAGGCUCGCUUGCCCGAACCACCUCAUCCGUGCCUGAGGAUGGAGUGCUUGAGAUGGAGGAGAUGACAGGUCCUGCCCGAACCAACAGCCGAACCUUCCUGACCUGGUCAAAGUAGGCAUGGCUUGGGGAGUGGUGUGAGGUGAGAUGCAGGGAGUCGCGGUUUUCCAAGCACUAUUAAGUGGGCAGAAGUAGGCACUCGGUUCAGUUGUGGGGAGCUUCGGAGUAGGCACUUGAGCAUCGUCAAAAGACGUCAGUAUGUAUGAGAGGGUCGAGACAAAUGGCCAUAAAAGGAUGGGCUUUGUAGGUUUGGUGGGGUGUGCUCUGUAAGAGUUUAUGAGAUGGGCAGGCACUGCCAUUAGAUUCCUUGUGUAAACUGGUGGAUAAUGCCACCCACAUUGUUACAAGGGGAAACAUGGGGAUCUAUGUAAAGCCAAUGAUGGAUUAUUUGGUUGUGGA